AUGAACAUGGCUGGCUCCAUCGAAGAUUCGUCUCAAAAGCCAAAGGCACAAGCAAUGGCUCAUCCAAAUCCAAAAUCAGAUCACGACAUAUCUCACGUCGAAGAUAUGCUCUAUGCAGGACCUGACAAGCCAGAUCAUAUGGAUUAUGGGCGUGUUGAUUCUGAAGUUGCUAAAUACACCAGCGAGGUGCUUAUCCAUAUAAGCGAUGAUGAGAACAAACGACUCAAGAAACUCAUCGAUAGACGUGUAUUGAUUAUCAUGAUCCUGACAUACUUUAUACAAGCGCUUGAUAAAGGAACAUUGGCAUUCACAUCGAUUAUGGGCAUCAGAAAAGAUGCUAAUGUAUCCGACUCACAGUAUCCAUGGCUCACAACAUGUAUAUACAUAGGUAUUCUAGUAGUAGAAUACCCUACCAACUGGAUUAUACAACGCGUACCAAUCGCCAAAUAUCUGGGUAUCAACGUUUGUGUUUGGAGUAUAAUACUCUCAAUGCAUGCCCUUUGCCAUAAUUUUGAAGGUCUGGUUGCGGCUCGUACCCUUCUCGGAAUCUUCGAAGCUGCCUGCCAGCCCAUCUUUGUGGUUUUGUCUAGCAUGUGGUACAAAAGAGAAGAACAAGCAGGAGUUGUGAUAUACUGGUACAUGAUGAAUGGUGCUCAACAAAUUGUAGGCGGACUCCUUGCCUACUGCUUCACCCUUCUCAAAUCCGGCCCUCUCAAAUCUUGGCAAGCAAUCUUCGUCGCCUACGCCUGUCUCUCUUUUCUCUGGGGUCUCUUCAUCUUAUUCUGGAUGCCCGACUCCCCAAUGCGCGCCAAAUGUUUCAGCGAAGCCGACAAAAAACUCAUGGUUGAACGUGUCCGCUCCAAUCAAACGGGCAUGCAAAACCGCAAAUUCCGUAUCGAGCACGUCAAAGACGCUUUUACCGAUCCGCAAAUGUACUGUUAUUGUUUAAUAGCUAUCUGCACCACAUUACCAACGAGCGGACUGGGCGCAUUUGCAAAUAUCAUCAUCACAGGGUUUAACUUCACUGUUCUGCAAACGCAGCUCUUGGCUAUGGUACUGGGCUUUUACAUCAUCAUCGUGUUACUGUCCAGUCACUUCCUGGUCAAGAAGUAUAACCAAAACAUUUCAAUCAUGACGUUCUACCUUUUACCUUCAUUCAUCGGCACUAUCGUCCUCAUGACAGUUCGCAACACCAGCUUCAGUACUAAAGUCGGCCUUUUAAUCUCCUACUACUUAACGCUCUCUUUUUGGUCCACUGCCACCCUUUCCUUGACUCUCAUGUCCCGUAACGUCGCCGGUCAAACUAAGAAAACCAUCGUCGUAGCUGCAAAUUUUAUCAGUUGGGCUGCAGGAAAUGCAGUUGGUCCUCAAGUUUUCUUGAAGAAUGAUGCGCCACGCUAUUUCAUCGCAUUUGCUACCCAUCUUGGCUGUUACACAUUACUUCUUCUGGUAUUAAUCUUUCUCAGAUGGCACUUGAUGAGGGAAAAUAAAAAGCGAGAUGAGUUGGCAGAGGCAGGAGUUAGAGAGGCUAAUGAUAGAGACAUGGUGCACGCUUUUGAUGAUUUGACGGAUAGAGAGAAUCCCAACUUCAGAUAUGUUUACUGA